AAGGGGGAUGAGGUCUGAACGACAGGUAAAAGAGAGAGAGGAGGAACAUGAAGAGGGAAGAUAAAGAUAAGGAGAAAGAGAGAUACUGCAGGUAAAGAGAGAGAGGGAGGGCCAGCGGUCAAUGUGCCCUGAGGAUUUUCCCAUUUGUUUCUCGGACGGUGCUAAUGUGCGUGCGUGUGGGAGAGAGAGAGAAAAGUAUAUGGUUAGAAAUCAUGAGAGUGUACGGGUGCUCUCCUGCAUACGAGAGUGUGUGUGUGUGUGUGCACUUGCGUGGAUGUGUGUGAAAGAGAACCUCACUGAGCAGCUCUUGGUAAUAUAAGCUGAUUAAACAAUGGCUGACUCAGCUGAAACCUUUGCAGGUUGCAGAGCAGAGAACAAGGGUAGGAGAAGCUCCACACUGAUGGCCCACUCAAUACUACACAACAAACUCCAGAAGCCUCUUGUUAGUAAUGACAGUUUCUGUCUGUUUACAACUCACACUGUCUGUGAAAACAAAAGCUAGACACUGUGAAAAUCUGUUGCCUGCACUUCUAAACAACUGUUCUGCUACACAAAACACAACGUGCACCCUGCAGCACUGGUGUAAUACAUUCACUGCCAUUGCAUUGCAAUGAGUCUUAAAUGCAGUAAAUAUCAUGUUAUCUUGAAUUUAUUGUGUUCUGUCGAUCUGCCUGCAGGAAAUACAACAGAAUAACAAAAUGGGUUGCCAGGUUUGUUUUUUCAGCUAAUUCUUUCAUUUUCCUGUGCACCCUCUUUUCUUCAUAUUUACUGGCUGAAGGACAGACAGCCCAGACUGUUCCAGACCGUGUCAAAGUGUUCCAGGUCAACAGAAACAAGCCGGUCUCAUCUCACCAUGGCAACAGAGCCUGUGGCCAACAGAAGGAGCUCUGCAGAUUCUCUGGAUGAAUGGGCCAACGAGGUCUGGACCGAGGGUGAAAUGGAUGUCAAUGUUGGGAACAACCCGCUUCUAAUAAGCAAAAUAGCCCCCAAGGCAGAGCCAGAGGAUAUAGGUCUGGAAGCGCCUGACUCUGAAGUGACUACACAUGAGAUCAAUGUUGACUCAGUCAACAAAAUGGCCGAACUAGUCAAAAUGGAGAUGUGUCAAGAAGUGAACCAGAGUCCAAGUGAGUCAGAAGAAGGUGAAGUAGAGAACCACCCCAAAGUGAUUAAUGAAUCUGCUCAUGUGGCAGAGGAGGGAACCCCCUCCCCUUCUCCCUGCAAUGCCCUGCCCCCACCAGCAGAGGGUGGUGCAGCCCCACCACCACUGAGUGACUCCAUCAGAGAUGUUGAGGUCCUCUCCAACCCCAAAGAGGAUGACUUAUCAUCCGAUAGCCAGGACAGUCAAGAAUGGCAACCGACACCUUACCUCAGUGACCACGUGACAAGGGUAGCAGUGCCGCCGGUUGAGAUAGAGGAAGACCGUGUCAGGAAUACUGAGACAACCGGAAAGCUAGCAGAGCAGGUACAAAAGAUCCCAGAGGGUCAGCAUCACAGGAAACCCGAGGAGGUUUCACCGGAGGCUCUUGAAAUCAGCACCCACACAAUCCACCGGCGACUAUCGAGAAACAGCUCAGAUGACGUAUUCACCAUCGAAUCCCCGGAAGGGGACCGCCCCUGCGAGGCGGAGGACGAGAACCGGACCGUGGACUGCAAGCCUCUGGACAUCCCCUCGGCCAGGAGACAGUGGGUGACACUGGACAGCGCCAGCAUCAAAACCCCCCAACCUCGCUCCUCCAGAAGUUCAUCCAGCAGCCUCAUGGCAGAGGACAUGGCCCAGCCUGCAGUUCCCCCAGAGAGUCAGCAGGGAGAGCAGCAGCUGCCUUCGAGCCAGUCUUCCCAGGAGCACGACAACCAGGAAGCAGCACAACAGGUGUUCAGCCAGGGAUCUUUGCCCCCAGCGACGGUCGCCACGGCGCCUGCCAAUCAGGGCGAGGCUGGUUCCCAGGGCUGUGCUUGUGUUGUAAUGACAGAAAGGCAGAAAGGGGAGGAGGAAAGUGGGGAGGGAGCCGGUGGAGGACAAACGGGUGAAGAGAAAGGUCAGAAAGUGAGUGGAGUCAACGAGUGCAAGGCGGAGGAAGAGACAGAGGAACAACAAAAGGUGAGCGACACCGAGCAAGUAGAAAUAGAGAAGCAGAAGGCGGAUCGACCAAUCCCUGGGUUGAACUCCAAGGACAACACGGCCUCCGGAAUGGAUACAGACUUGUACGAUGACAGCCAGAGCGACAGCGGCGUGUCUGCAGACUUCUCUCCGAACACCACCAUGGAGCUCAACUACGUUCCUGGCUCUUCGGCGAGUGAGACGCCCAUCGACAGGGAGAUCCGUCGGGCGGUCCAGCGCGAGCAGAGCCUGAGGAGAUCCAGAGGGCUCCAGCAUCAAACCGCCCCGGAGUACGUCGAUAUUCCCCUCCGGAAGUCCAUCCUGACCCAGCCCCUGCCCUCCAAGUUUGAGAAUAGCCAAACGAAGGACAGGCACUUUGCCGGGAAGAAGAUGCAGAAGGAAAUUCGCGUCGAGACUCAGAGAGAGCAGGUUCUGGUCCAGCUGGGGAAAGUUCCGGGCUUCUACGACAAAGGCACGGUACGCCAGCUUAAAGAGAGGAAGAAACUAUUCGAAGCCUUCCAGGAGCCCAAGGACGACUCCUCUAAUCUGUCCCUCUUUAGCAAUGCGCCCUCCUGGGUCUCUGCCAGCGACCUCUCCACCCUGGAGCUCCCAGGGGACGAUUCCUCGGACGGCUCCACAAUCGGAGGCUCCUUCGUAGAGAGGAGAAGAAGCCUGGAUCUGUUGAGCCGGACCCAAAGCCCCAGCCCCGUCGCGGCCAGGGAUGGGGGCUUCACCUACAUCCCUCACGGAGGACCAGGCCUUACCGAGGGGACUAAGAGGCAGGUAAUCAUCCUGGACAACCCCCUGGAGCUCCCUGUCCCGACCCUCCACCAUGCCAAGCUCCUGAGACCCUCUGAAAGCUCCGAGUCCCUCACGGAGCCGACGGCCCAGACCGUGGUCGACUCGGCGGCUCUCUGCGCCUCUUCGACGGACAAAGAGGCGAGCUGGAGGAGGAGCGACAGCCAAAGGAAUGUGGAGGAGGACGAGGAGGAGGAGGAUGUGCCCAGAGAGAAUCCCUUCUUCAAGCUGCGCUCCUCCGUGGCUCUGGAUGUCGUGGGGCAGGACAUCCGGGAGGCCAGGGAGAGGGACAGGGAGCUGCGCAGGCAGAGGAGCCGCACGUACGGGGGGGUGGCCGCUGGGGCCGGGGUCGGGGGAGGGGAGAGGGCGGCGCCGAGCCCCACGCCCCCCCCACCCGUGAUGAACGGCCUGGCUACUCCCGAUCCACCUGUAACACCGCUGCGGAUGUCAUCUGGAACCCCAACAGUGCGACAGUCCUUGGGAAAGCUUGGCAUGUGGCCACCACCCCAGGCUAGCGAGGAGGAGUUUAACCAACUACAGGUGAUCCAGAGCCCCCAGACCCCCAGACAGAAGACCCCCUUGCUGCAGCGCUGGGAGUCAGGACUGGUGAAUGGACACAGGGAGGGGGAGGAGGACUGAGACCCUCCCUACACACACACCACACACACACCUACCCACCCAGGGACCUUUAACCCCAGGGCAGGCUAACUCUCUGGUUCUGCAAGCCAAGGGGUCAUUCACGUCAAAACCACCGUAAGGACUACCCACACUGUACAAGUCUGACGAACUCAGAUACUGACGUGAAACAGUGGAUGUUGGAGUUGUGGAAUACGGGAAUGCUGGGACUUCAGAAUGGCUGAAUAUUCAAGUUGAUGAUGUCAUAAUAUCAGGGCAAGAGGAUAUGGGACCAUGCAGAAAGUCUGGUGGAAGAUUCUAGAGCCUGACUGGCAAAAUCAAGCGUGGAUUCUAUUUUGAUGAUGAUUGAACAAACCUUUUAAACCUAGUUGUGUUUAUCAAGCCUAUAUCCAAGCAUAUAUUUGUGUGUAGGCCUACCUGUAAAUACAAUUUGUGACAAAUCGAAUCUUUUGAACGAGAAUCAUACCUUCCCGUAGUUUCUACCCCACAGGCAAUUAAAGCAGUGUGAAGGUUAACAGGCGUUGCCAUCAUGUGAUGUUGUAAAUACAAUGACAGUUGGCAUGACAACUGUGCGUCAUUACUAGUUUGACUUAAAAUGUUGUUGGAUCACCUUUUUUUUUAUAUUCAAACAUACAUAC